AUGAGCGCUGUAACUAAAGGUAAUAAACGUGUGUGGUACAGUGAUAAUGACAUUUCUUUGUUAGUUGAUAUUAUACAAAAAUAUCCAGUAGUCGAAUGCAAAAAAACCGAUGCGACCACGUGGAGGGAAAAGAAUAACACUUGGCAAAAAAUUUCGGAAGAAUAUAAUGCAGCAACGACCGACCCAAGAUCCGCUGACCAACUGUGGGGAAAAUUUGACAAUCUGAAAAAAGAGGCAAGAAAAUUUUUUGCUCGGGUGAAUCAACAGCUGUACGCUACUGGGGGAGUGGUUGGGUUGGCAGCAAGUCAAGGAGACAGUGAUUUUAGAGAAGAACCACCUUCAAACCACAACGAAACUGUGGAUCCUCAAACACCAUCCACAAGUAAAUCAGCGACACAAACGACACCAGAAGAAAGCCCCACAAUAUCCAAUAAUGCAGAAAAUAGUGUAGAUUUAUUAGUGUCUGCAGAUGUAUGCAUGUUGAUCUAG